AGAAUCCUCUGUUUCUUACCCUUGUUUCCAUUAUUAUUUCGUUUAUUGCUUCCGAUUAACCUAAUGGAAGGUUGAUACCAGCUUUAUCUUUGUUAAUCGCAUUUUAGAUGCUUCGUUUUUGAUGGAAUGUAUAGUUAGAAAAUGCGGAGUUGUAUUUUUGUGCUUUUGCAGUUUACAAUUUAGUGAUUUUAUGUUGAUUAUAACUCGUUAUCUGUUUACGAUUGAGUGAUUUUGUGUUGAUCAUAACUCUUAUGUGUUUAGAAUGGAGUGAUUGUAUAUUGAUAACUCUUAUGUGUUUGUUUUGGAUUACUAUUAUGUUGAUAACGAUGUGUUUGUUUUGGAUUACUAUUAUGUUGAUAACGCUAAUGCAUAUAAUGUGUUUGAAGAAAGUUCUCUGUGAUUUUCGAUCUGGCGUCCUGCAUUAAGCGGCUUAGCCUUAUUGAAAGAAUUCCGCUUAGAUCUCCUUUUCCUUUCUUACAGAAAAAAUAUUCUGAAAUUUUGAAUGGCUACCUAAAUACACUAAUUCCAUAUAUUUUUAGAGGAAGGCUUUUCCCCGAAACAACUCUUCUCUAGACGUAGAAUGUAAUGGUUCGUUUGGUGAUUUGAAAAUAGUUUGCGACAACACGUUCAGCUUCCAGCAAGUUUAUGCUGCUUUUUUAGUGUGCUGACAAAUAGGAAAAGGUUUUUGAAACAACUCUUGUCUAGACGAAGAAAUAAAUGGUGGUAGAAUGUAAUGAUCUAUUUGCCCAAUAGCUUGUGCGACAACAUAUUCAGCUUCCAGCCAAGUUAAUGCUGCUUUUUUAGUGUGCUGACAAAUAGGAAAAGUAUUUGAAACAACUCUUUUCUUGACGUAGAAAAAAAAUGGUGGUAGAAUGUAAUGGUCUAUUUGCCAAAUAGCUUGUGCAACAACAUAUUCAGCUUCCAGCAAGGUUAUGCUUUCAAGCGUGCUGACUAAUGGGAGAAAGAACAUGUCGACUGAGAAGAGUCCGCUUGAGCAAACGUCACCUGCUGUUGCAUCAUCAUGCCGAAAAAAGAAGUCUGAAAGUGCCACAUUUUUGGAGGAUGUGAAGGAUCAUAUUGAUGAGUUUAUACAUGCCUCAAUGGAUGAACACGCAUCUUGCUUUAAGAAGACCAUCAAUAAGCUGUGGUUAUGCCUUCAGAUGUUUGGGAUGUCUAAAAUUGUCGCUGAAAGAAAUGCUGAAGCAAAGGAGGUUGAGAGCUCACUUCCUCUCCAAACUGUUGUAUCUGAGUAAAGAUUCCCUAAGUAGAAAGAACUCGGGAAGGUGAGAUUGUGGAGGGUCAAAACAUGUAUGCAGUCUAAAGCCCCUUCCCUCAUCAGGUUUUAUUGUGCUAUCCACAUAUAUCAAUAAACAACAAUUUGAGAUGCUCUUGCCUGAGAAGUUGUGCUGCUUUUUACAUCUGUUGGUUUUACCAAACAUUAGACAUGUCUAGAUAAACAAAAUAAAUGGGCACAACAAUUUGAGAUGCUCUUGCCUAAGAAGUCUUGCUGCUUUUUACAUCUGUCUGUUUUACCACACAUUAGACAUGUCUAGAUAAACAAAAUAAAUGGGUACAACAAUUUGAGAGGCUCUUGCCUAAGAA